CGGAGAUCGAAAACAACAUCUCGCUUACACCUACAGCAGUCAAGUACAAUGAGUCUGUUAAUGGCAAACUGCUGAAUAACAUUCUGCUGAGUGACUAGACAGAGAAAUGGUAUUGUACACAUGAUAUGAAGCGCAACUCGCUCCGCACAAGGAAUUCCUAGAGAAAAUAUACGCCGCGCUUUUGUAAAUUGAGAAUAUAAAUAUUGCUCGUGUGUAACGUUGUUUACCAACAACGCGACGUCGGAACAGGUGUUAGGAAAUUUUAUGAUCCGUUCAUGCGUCCCAAUUAACCGUAUUGCUGCUUUGCAAACGGACGGAAAUCGAUUAGAGUAAGUAAUAGUAAUGUCGACUUCUGGCCAUAAUAAUAUGGGAAACGAUAGCAGCGCGGGGAGCAGCGGUGGAUUAGGCGAUGGUAGCGGUAAAGUCGGUAAGAUUACGAACGUGCUGCAGAGAAUGACCGGAACGUUAGAGGACAAGAGCAACGAUUAUAUGUGUCCGAUUUGUUUUGAUCUUAUCGACACGGCGUACAUCACGCGUUGCGGUCACACCUUCUGUCACCACUGUAUCGUAAGGAGUUUGGAGAUGAAGGAUCGCUGUCCAAAAUGCAGUUUUACACUGAACGAACGGGACAUUUUCCCAAAUUUUUUGCUGGACGAACUAGUUUCGAAAUACAAGACGAGAACCAAGAGUCUCUCGCAGUUGGGUCAAUCGGCGGAGAACAGUAAGCACAGAGCGACGGGUAGCGAUUUGUCAGCUCCAGCGUCCGAUGGAUUGAGAAGCAUCGUCGCAGCUGAGAGCGCCAAUCUCACUCUACCCGAUGUGAACGUGAUGUUGGAAGUACUGACGCAACGAAAGCACUUGCUCGAGGCGGAGACUCUCACGGCACAGAACAAGCUCUUGCACGAAUUUCUUAAGCAUUUGCUGCAACAGAAAGAAGAACAAAGGAAUCAGUUACAAAAGGAGGUUGCGCUGAUCAAGAGAGACAUGGAAGAAGUGGAGAACAUUCUGAAAGAUGUUCAGAGUAAGUGUCCGCGAGUCGAGGAUGUUAAGAAAGCCAGUGAGAACGAUAGUGCGCAGGUAUCGGCCAUUAGGCGGGAGAUGCUCGGUCUUAUAGAUAUAAUAGAUUCGAAUAUGGUAAAACCCAGCGACAAGACACCGACCUGCGGUAACGACAGCUUCGCCGUACCGAGUGCCGGUCAGCCCGCGGGUGUGUCGACUCUGGCCGUGCGUAGAAAACGGCUGCACGCUCAUUUCGACGACUUUGUUCAGUGUUACUUCGAUUCGCGCGGCAAGGAACUGUUGCUCGGUCAGAAAUCGCAAACUCUGAACGAGACGCAGCAACAGCACGGCGGUCCGCACAGCACGAGUUCCGGUUUGGAUGUUUUUCGUGAGAAUCUCGUCAAAUUUUCCCGAUAUAAUUUUCUACGCCCGUUAGCUACUCUCAACUACUCCUCGGAUCUCUUCAAUAACUCCACGAUCGUAUCCAGUAUCGAGUUCGACAAGGAUAACGAGUUCUUCGCGAUCGCUGGCGUGACGAAGCGAAUAAAAGUUUUCGAUUAUAAUGCCGUGAUACGCGACACCGUUGACAUUCACUAUCCGUGUAUCGAAAUGAUCUCCAGUUCGAAGAUUUCGUGCGUCUCGUGGAAUUCGUUUCACAAAGGUAUGCUCGCGUCUUCGGAUUACGAAGGUACUGUGACAGUAUGGGACGCAACAACGGGUCAGCGUACCAAGGCGUUUCAGGAGCACGAGAAACGAUGCUGGUCUGUCGAUUUCAACGAUGUGGACACCAGACUGAUAGCGUCCGGUUCUGAUGACGCUCGGGUUAAAUUGUGGGCCUUGAACACCGAUUAUUCCAUCGCGUCCUUGGAAGCGAAGGCAAACGUGUGCUGUGUGAAAUUUAAUCCGCGCAGCUCUUGCCACCUUGCCUUUGGUUCCGCGGAUCAUUGCGUGCACUAUUAUGAUCUGCGUAAUAUGAAAGAGGCGUUGUGUAUAUUUAAAGGCCAUCGUAAGGCUGUUUCGUACGUCAAGUUCUUAAAUAAAGAAGAGAUCGUAUCGGCAAGUACGGAUUCUCAGUUGAAAAUGUGGAACAUAAAUAAUCCACUCUGUCUGCGAUCAUUCGUGGGACAUGUGAAUGAGAAAAAUUUCGUUGGACUCGCGACCGACGGUGAUUACGUCGCCUGUGGAUCGGAAAAUAAUGCAUUGUACGUAUACUACAAAGGACUGACAAAGCAAUUGUUUUCGUAUAAGUUCGACGCUGUACGAAGCAUAUUGGAGCUACAGGACAGAAGGGACGAAGAUCUGAAUGAGUUCGUUUCGGCCGUAUGCUGGAGACAAAUGUCCAAUGUAGUGGUGGCCGCUAACUCUCAAGGCAUUAUCAAAAUAUUAGAACUAGUUUGAGAUAAUUAUAUAGAGUAUAAACAUUGAGAGGGAAUUAUGUGUGAGAAUAUAAAGCGCAUAAUAUCAAUAUAAAUAUAAAAAGGGUCUAAAUAUAGGAAUAGAAAAGAACGUAGAACACAAAAUUGUAAAAUUUGCGAAGAAAUUUUCUAUUUCGGAUGAGAGAUGAAUACGAUUACAUGUACUUAUGCAACAAUCAUACAUAUACGUCACACCCAAACACACGUGACAUCGGAUAUAAUAUUUCUAUUUGUAUUCUCAGCGCUUAGUUUUUAGAUCCUUUAUGUUUUUUUUUUACAGCUGUUUUUGUCUUAUGAUUAAUUGGAACGGGAUUUCUCGAAUUUUCGUCGUUGUUUUCGUUCGUCUCGCCGUUGUCGUUGUCGUUGCCCUCUUUUUUCGCCGCGCCGUUGUUGUCAUCGUUCUCUUUGUUUGCCGCGUCGCCAUCGUGUUUUUCUUUGUUAUCCUUAUUCGCGUUUCCGUUCCAAUCUUUGCUUUUUGCUUUCGCUCUCAAUUUGGCACGUAGUAGUUUGUAAAACAUGUCGGAUUCCGGCGCGCUGUACAGAUCUAUAAAUGUUCAUUGUAUGGUCCAUGAUGCGGAUGUCGUAAACGCGGUAAAGAUUCAGAAGCAAUUUUCUCUCGCGAGCCUAAAUGACUUCGCGGUACAACCAAUUGCAAUCCGCGAGCAUCUUAUCAACAAAGAGACUGUCUCCGUCGUUUGUGAUCAGUCCCAACUCUUAUCUCGAUUGCCAAGACUUUUUUUUUUUGCCUUUUUCGCUCUCUUUGUAGUCGGCGUUUUCACGCGACAACGACGGCAACGACAACGUCGCCUUUUUGUUCGCCUGGCGUGCCAAUCGCGCUUCAACAACAUCGAGUACAUAUGUUUCAUCUCCAUGGUUAUCAAAAAAUCGCGUUGCGUUGCACUUUUGAUAACGCGACGACGAACAACGCGAUUUGUCCCGUCGCUCAUCAUGCGAUAACAACAUUGUUUUUCGUUGGCUUAUGACAACCGAGAGAAUACCACCGAUUUCUUCAAAAAGACGACGUACCGCGAAUGAAUGUGCGCAAUCGAAGAUAACCGAGUCCUGAUUGAUGCUAUUCAAAUGUCGCGGCUCGAUAUAUAAGGCAGCACGAAAUCUGCAUCAUCCUAUCUUUAUUUUACGUCUAAUAAGCGAUAAAGAUAAAAUGAUGCAAUAACGCAGAUAGCGCGCUUUCCGAACGCAGCCCUAAUUUCCAAAGUGAAGAUAACACGAUUCGAGUGAUACGAGAGAUAACACAGAUAUCGUCAUCUCGUUGUUAACGUCCUCGUUCUCGUUGUCAAAAGUAACAACGAGAAAUAUGACGAUUAUUAUUCUAAAUAAUCUUGUUACAUGUAACAAAGAUGAUUUUUAUUACAAUGGAAAACCUACGUGUAAAAUCUAACGACACUGAAAAUGCGCUAUCAACCAAUAUUAUUGUAAGUGAAGAUCGAUCAAAGCUCAAAUACAUCUGGAGAAACUUUUUCUCCGGAUCUCUCGUGUAAAUUGUGUGUAAAUAUUGAUUAGAGGAAAUUGGCUGUCAGUAUUUUUACAUUGAACGCUUGGUUGAAUUUAUCUUCUAUAAUCUGAUAUUAAAAAUAUUCGAAUUAAUUUACACGCGCGAUACACAUGUCUAAUAAACGUUGUGUACUGUUGCAACAAUUUGUUAUACAAGUUGUCGCAUUUAAUAAUUUGUGAAUACUUUUCGCAACGUUGUUGUACUACACUGAUACUUAACAUCUUAUGCACAGAUAUAUAUAUAUAUAUAUUUUUAGACAUGAUUAUAAGAGUGUAAUAUAUGUAU